AUGAUCUUCACCAAGGGUCUACUCUCCGCGGCUGUGGCCGUCUUCGAGCUGGCUUCAUUCACCAGCGCUGGCAUCGCUCACAGAGCCGACACUGCCACGGCUGCCGCCACCUACUCCGACGAUGGCCGAACCUGUUGCACCGACGGAGAGCCUGGCACUGCACUUAUCAAUGGAAAAUGCGAGUAUGGUUCUCACUCUUUGUCUCCCGAUAUUCCCAGCGGCACCCAUGUGACCAAGUGCUGCUGGGAUGACAAGGCCAGCGAUUUCCAUGUUCAUUAUGCCCAAGACAAUGAGGAGCACGAAGCAGCGCCUUUGAACGUUACUGGCGGUGGAAAUUACCCAAAUGGCUUCUGCAACCUCGGACUCAAGUGGGAGAUUACCGAGUUCAUCCUCACCGACGACUACCUUGACUUGAACAUCGACCUCAACGUCGAUUGCGGACCGUACAACAAGUCGGAUCGGGAAUGGGUUCGCAUUCACUUCAACAGCGUCUGGCAGGAUGCUGGCAAGUUUACCUAUGUCAUCAGUUCGAUCGGACCAACCAUCUAUGCGGACAUCUCGACCAAGAUCAAGCGCGACGACUCUUCAGUCGACCUCCAUGUACAUGUGACUGGGACUGGAAUCGCCGGCGCUCUGGACGAGUCUGUCGAUGAGAACCUGCACGAUGAAGAGCUCAAGGCCAUCCUCUCAACCGUAAAUGUGUGCUAUUAA